CCUCGACCUCCCGUGCGAGCUGCGUCUCGAGAUCUACUCAUAUGCCAUUCUCGACUGCCGUCAUAUCACCAUUGGCGUUGCGAAGCUUCAAGGUGCACCACACGAUAUAAUACAUCGCCAAUAUGGCGGCAGGCGAUCGCCCUAUCCAGCUAUUCCACUCCACAGUGAGCCCGUCGUCGAGACGCGAUACUGCCCUUCGCUCCUGGAUGCAGUGCAGCCUGCCGCCAUUAUCUUGACGCCAGAUACCGCCGAUCCUCCCGAGGAUACAUAUGAGCAUACUCGAACGGCAUACCAUACACUUUCUGCUGUGAACAAGCAGGUCAAUGAGGAAUUGAAGACGCAUUUUGCCAUUCCAACCAGAAGGCACACCAGCCUCUUUGUGCAGUAUCCGCACGGACUUCACAUCCUGCAUGAAACCACACCUCGACUACUACGACAGUCGAGAAGUGUCCACCUUGCGGGCACCUACAUCCCCAGAAAUUAUUGCCCACCGCGUGCGGCGUCACUGGGUCGAGAAAACGCUCCAAAUAAAGAGAGGCUGCAAGGCGAUAAAGUGCCCGAUCAUGCAACAGAACUUGGCAUUCUGGUAAAGUCCUGCUUCGGCUCUAGGGUUCAGCAUCCCAUCGAGAGGCUCGAGCUUCGUAUCUACUAUCCCGGAGAGGACUCUUACAGCACAGUCUGGGCCGACGACGAUUCUCCUGUCUGCGUAGCACUGCGUAACAUCCACCUUGGUGAAAUUGCCAUCGAAAUAUGGCGAGGGAGAUAUGGAACGGGUGUCUACCUCACAGCUACAUCCGCCAAAGAGCGUAAAAGAGUCGUGAGCACAGUCUGGCGCAAGCUGGAAGAGGGCAGACGUGGUGAGCCAGCCUGCGGGAGCUUUGUCCUUGAUACAAAUUGGCCAGAUUGGAGCGCCAACUACGAAGC